AUGGCUGGGGGCGGCGGUGCGGAGCGCGUCCGCGUUGGGGCAGCGGCUGCGGGGCUGCUGCCGCCUUCCUGCCGCCAGCCCCGCCGCAGGGAGAGCCGGGAGCGGCUAUCGGUGUGCAGCAAGCUGUGCUACGCCGUCGGCGGGGCCCCCUACCAGACCACGGGCUGCGCGUUGGGCUUCUUCCUCCAGAUCUACCUCCUAGACGUGGCGCAGCUUGACCCAUUCUAUGCUUCUAUCAUCCUGUUUGUGGGGCGAGCGUGGGAUGCCGUCACAGACCCCAUGGUGGGCUUCUUCAUCAGCAAGACGCCAUGGACGCGCUUUGGCCGCCUGAUGCCAUGGAUCAUCUUCUCUACCCCAUUUGCUGUCAUCUCCUACUUCCUCAUCUGGUUCGUCCCAGACAUCUCCAGGGGCCAAGUGAUGUGGUAUCUCAUCUUCUACUGCAUCUUCCAGACCCUUGUGACGUGCUUCCACGUGCCCUACUCGGCGCUGACGAUGUUCAUCAGCAGGGAGCAGAGCGAGAGGGACUCAGCCACUGCCUACCGUAUGACGGUUGAGGUGCUGGGCACUGUGCUGGGCACCGCCAUCCAGGGCCAGAUUGUGGGCAAGGCAGUUGCCCCCUGCAUCGAGAACCCCCCCUUCCUGAGUGAGAACAACUUCUCAGCGGCCAUAAGGAAUGUGAACAUGACCCACUACAGCGGCUCGCUGGCAGACACGAGAAAUGCCUACAUGGUUGCAGCGGGGGUCAUCGGGGGGCUCUACAUCCUCUGUGCUGUCAUCCUAUCGGUGGGCGUGCGGGAGAAGAGAGAGUCCUCUGAGCUGCAGUCAGAUGAGCCCGUCUCCUUCUUCCGAGGGCUGAAGCUGGUGAUGAACCACGGUGCCUACAUCAAACUCAUCACCGGCUUCCUCUUCACUUCACUGGCCUUCAUGUUGCUGGAGGGCAAUUUCGCCCUCUUCUGCACCUACACCUUGGGCUUCCGCAACGAGUUCCAGAACAUCCUCCUGGCCAUCAUGCUGUCAGCCACCCUGACCAUCCCCUUCUGGCAGUGGUUCCUCACCCGCUUUGGGAAGAAGACUGCUGUCUACGUGGGCAUCUCGUCCGCUGUCCCCUUCCUCAUCAUGGUGGUUGUCCUGGACAGUAACCUCGUCAUCACCUACAUCGUGGCGGUGGCGGCAGGGAUCAGCGUGGCAGCUGCCUUCCUUCUGCCCUGGUCCAUGCUGCCGGACGUCAUAGAUGACUUCAAGCUGCAGCACCCUGAAUCCCGCGGCCACGAAGCCAUCUUCUUCUCCUUCUACGUCUUCUUUACCAAGUUCACCUCUGGGGUAUCGCUGGGCAUCUCCACGCUCAGCCUGGACUUUGCGGGGUACCAAACACGGGGCUGCUCCCAGCCCAGCGAGGUGAACGUCACCCUGAAGCUGCUGGUGUCGGCCGUGCCUGUGGGGCUGAUCCUGCUGGGCCUGCUCCUCUUCAAGCUGUACCCCAUCGACGAGGAGAAGCGCAGGGAGAACAAGAAGGCCCUGCAGGACCUGAGGGAGGAGAGCAACAGCAGCUCCGAGUCGGACUCCACAGAGCUGGCCAACAUCGUGUGACCCGCAGCUCGCCCGCCUGCAGCACGGUGGGGCCGGGGGCCGCGGGCUGCCCGUAGUGUACAUUACACAGAUGGACCCACGCAGCUGGAGCUGCCGUUCCCCGGCCCGGCAGAGCGCAGCCCCCUUCCGCGGCGGGGCCGGGCCGUGGUAGUGUACAUUACACUGUGACCGUGCCAAGGGCAGCUCACCGCUGCGCUCUGUACAUACGACACUAAGUCAGGAAGCUGUUCUGUUUGUUUGGUUGGGUUUUUUAUAUAGAUGAUUAACUUAAUGGUGUAAAUAUUAAACUUUGCUAUUUGUAUAUAA